AGGACAAGCGAGAAUACCCUCCGAAAGAUAUCUAGCAGAACUAGUUGGGGACGCAGAUCAUCGGUAUGUUGUACUUAUUUAACCCAGGCUGUUACAAAUCCUGAACUUGAAGAUGAAACACCACGACGUCUCUCUUAUAAUUGCUAUAACGAAGAUCUUGAGACUGGUCUGAAAGACGCCUCUAUCCAGCAUGGGUCUGCACAAUUGGAUGGUAAAAUGGCGUUUCCAAGUCCAAUUCCAGAUGAGAAAUUUGAUGAAAGACGAACUGAUCUUGACAUUAUCGUUGUCGAAUGGGAUGGAGAUGAUAGGGAGUUGGGCACUUCAUGGAGCAUGACGUAUCGCGCAUAUCUCACCUUGUAUAUUGGGUUGACCACUAUAUCUUCAACUAUGGCCUCUUCGAUAUCAUCUAUGGUUCUUGUCAAUGUGACAGAAGCAUUUAAUGUGUCAAUGGAGGUUGCAAAGCUGACAGUGUUCAUUUUUGUCGGUGGCUACUGUUUGGGACCUUUAGCAUGGGCACCUAUGUCUGAACUCUAUGGCAUCCGAUGGUCUCUCUUGAUUUCAUUGACUGGUUCAACUAUCUUUAAUAUGGCGUGUGCGCUUUCCCCGAACAUUGGUGCACUGAUUAUAUUUCGUUUUCUGGCGGGUACUUUCUCCUCGGCUACGCUUGUUAUUGGUGGUGGUGUUCAGGCUAAUAUCUGGGAAAAGGAUUGGUUGGGUGUGGGUAUGAGUGUAUUCUCCAUGGCACCUAUGUGUGGACCGGCAUUGGGACCUGUCAUAGGUGGAUGGAUUGCUGUCUCGAAAACUACAUGGCGCUGGGUAUAUUGGGCCAUGACUAUAUUUUCAGGGUUUCUGGUUGUUCUUGGGCUCGUGUCCAUGAAAGAAUCGAAUCCGAACCUUACUCUUCAAAAGAAGGCUCAAAGAUUGCGCAAGACAACUAAUGACGACCGAUACAAAGCUCCAAUCGAGCUGCGAAGAAUUGUGCUCAAAGAAUUGUGUACACGUUGGUUCCUACUUCCCAUUUUAAUGCUAAUCUUUGAACCUAUGCUUCAAGCAAUCACAAUUUAUAUGUCGUUUGUAUAUGGAGUACUAUACCUAUUUUUCGAGGCGUUCCCAAUUGUAUUUGGACUUCACCAAUUUAAUGAGGUACAAAUUGGACUAACAUUCCUGGGCUUUUUGUUGGGAUGUUUUCUUGCUGGAGGCUUCUACAUCUUCUACGAAAAUGUCCGAUAUGUUAGAGCCAUGAAAGCUAGCCCAAGUGGAGUACUGCCUCCUGAGCAACGUAUUCGUGUUGCCUUGAUCGGCUCUCCUCUGUUGACGAUCUCACUCUUUUGGUUCGCAUGGUCUUCGUAUGAAUUCGUUUCAUACUGGUCUGCGAUUGGUGCCGCCGUAAUGUAUGGAAUGUCUAUGUUCUUCAUCUUCUUUUCUCUAAUGACAUUUAUGGCAGACGCAUAUCGCCAGCAGACCGCCUGUGCAUUGUCCGCCAAUACUGUUACCCGGUCAGCAUUUGGAUUUGGAUUUCCGCUGGUACGUUAUAAAACACACUUGAUGACUAACAGAAAGUUCGCAACGCAAAUGUAUGAUAAACUCAACCCCCGCUGGGCAUCCUCGCUGCUGGGAUUUAUUUCUGUCGCUAUGCUUCCUAUUCCAUUUCUUCUCUACAAGUACGGCGCUUGGUUACGAUCCAAAGCGAAGUUCGCGUUUGGAUAG